CAUCAUCAUCAUCAUCCUCGCCACGAUGUCUCGGCGCAAGCAGCCCAACCCCAACAAAGUCCGCGUGUGAGCGGUCCUCGCAGACACAAACACAACAAACCCCGCCCCCUUCUGCCCCGCCCCCUGAGACUCGAGCUAACGAGCGAGCGAGCGUUGAUUAACGAGAAAGGACGGCGGUGAUGGAGAACCCUGCAGAGGAGCCGCAGGAGGAGGGAGGAGCCGAGGUCCGCGUGGCGGACGGGGAGCUGAAGGAGGAGCCGACAGGUAGGAGCAGCGCCUCCAUCAACGGAGCCAAGGAGGCAGACGGAGGAGAACCGGCCCAGAACAGAGGAGGAGGAGGAGGAGACCUGUCCUCCAUCAACGCCAUGAUGUCAGCAGUGAUGUCAGCAGCCGGGACGAUAAACGGAGGAGGAGGAGGAGAGGAAGGAGGGAGCGGGGUGACUUCAGCCAACUCCUCAGCUGGACCUUCUCCCAGCCCCUCGCCCAGCAAGUCCCUGACGGCCGCCAUGAGGGCCCCGCCGAGCCGCAACGCCCGCCGCCACCAGGACGCCAAAGACGACAGCUCGGCCUUCAUCUGCCCGCUGUGCGACAAGAACUGCCAGACGCAGCACCAGCUGACCAUGCACAUCCGCCAGCACAACGCCGACGCCGGCGCCACGGACCACUCCUGCAGCAUCUGCGGGAAGUGCCUGAGCUCGGCCUCGUCGCUGGACCGCCACAUGCUGGUGCACAGCGGGGAGAGACCCUACAAGUGCAACGUCUGCGGACAGACCUUCACCACCAACGGCAACAUGCACAGGCACAUGAAGAUCCAUGACAAGGACCCGGCCAGCGGCCUGGUCCCCCUCAGCAGCCCCCCCUCCCCCACCAAGCGGCGCCGUCCCUCCGUGAAGCGGCGGCAGGGCCUGGAGGACGAGGCCGGAGACGAGCCGCCCGCCAAGAAGGUGACGGAGGACGGCGGCGGCGAGGAGGCGGCACCGGUCCAGGGCUCAGAGGAGGAGCUGCUGCCGUGUCCCAUCUGCUUCAAGACCUGCAGCUCCAGACUGGAUCUGGACGCUCACAUGGACACCCAUCCAGACACCGUGCUGAGGUGUGACUUCUGCUGCCUGUCCUUCCGGACGCACCGCGGCCUCCUGCGGCACAACGCCGGCGUCCAUAAGCUCCUCCCCCAGGACCCCAGCGGCCGGCCCUUCAUCCAGAACAACCCCUCCAUCCCCACGGGCUUCAACGACCUGGCCUUCAUCGACUUCUCCUGCAAGAAGUUCGCCCACAUCGCCCAGGUGUGGUGUGAGACCAACCUGCGGCGCUGCAUCAGUAAGUUCCACCGUUUCGUCUGCGACUCCUGUGACAAGGCCUUCCCGCUGCGCUCCGCCCUGGACCUCCAUAAGACCACCUCCCACACGGAGAGCCCUGCCGCACCAGGAGACCCGGAGAACCCCGCGGAGAACGGCGACAAGCGGGCCGGGACCGGCGGCGAGGCCCGGCGGGACGACGGAGAGCCGCCGUCGGAGCAGUCCAGCUUCCUGGAGGCUCUGGGCCUGCAGCACCGCUCCAAGGUGAAGUCGGGCCCCACCGAUGACGAGAUCCACCAGGCGCACCUGGACAGCAUCAGGGUGAUCCCCGUGGAGCCGGCCUCCUUCCUGCCGGGGGGGCUGGGCGUGGCCCUGGGUCUGGGGGGGCUGGCGGCGCUCAGCCUGCCGCUGCUGGAGGCGUCCGGCGCCGCCCUGCAGGGCCUGUCGCAGCGCGACGCCCUCAGCCUGCUGUCCCUGCAGCCCUUCCAGACGGGCUUCCUGCUGCAGCCCGACGGAGGCGCCGCCACCGCCGGCGCCGCCUCCUGCCGACCCGGAGAGUCCGGCGGGACCGGCGUCAUGGAGCUGGCCGACAUCCAGCAGAUCCUCAAGGUGGCGGCGGCGGCGCCGAACCAGCUGGGACUGCCGCCUCUGGCCAAGGCGCCGGGCUUUCCUGGUCAGCUCCUGCCUCAGAAGGCCAUGCCUCCUCUGAAGCCCAAACCUCCCAUCAGCCCCCGCUCCAGCCUCAGCACCACCACGCCUCCUCCCCUGCAGAGCUCCCAGCAGGCCUCCCUGGGCUGCAUCAGCCCCAGCCUGCCUCCUCCCACCCCCUCCCUCUUCAAAACGCCCCCCUCCUCCACGGGGGGCGGGGCUCACACAGACGCCGAGUCGGCCGGCGACGGCAACACGGCGCCGUCCGACUCGCCACCCGCGGCCGCCACGGCGGUCCAGGAGGAGGCGGGGCUAAGCGUCAGGAGGGCGGGGCUUAAAGGCGGCGGCGCGGCGGCUAGAGGCUCGUUCCCGUGCCGCUUCUGCGACCAGGUGUUCGUUCUGUCGAGCGCGCUGCACGCCCACAUGCGCUUCCACCUGGGCACGCUGCCCCACCAGUGCAACAUGUGCGACUACGUGGCGCCGGACAAGGCCACGCUCAUCCGCCACCUGCGCACGCACAGCGGCGAGCGGCCCUACGUCUGCCGCAUGUGCCACUACCCCUUCACCGUCAAGGCCAACUGCGAGCGCCACCUGAGGAAGAAGCACGCCAAGACGUCCCGCAAGGACAUCGAGAAGAACAUCAAGUACGUCACCUUCGCCGCCGCCAUCACCGCCGCGCCCCCCUCCGCCGCGCAGGACCCGGAGACGGGCUGCGAGACCACCUGCCGGUUCUGCGGCGAGGACCUGAAGACGUACCGGGCGCUGCAGAUCCACCUGCGCACGCACAACGGCUGCCAGAGGAAGCCCUUCGAGUGCCGGCGCUGCGGCGCCGCCUUCCUGGCCAAGAGGAACUGCAUCCACCACCUGCUGAAGCAGCACCCGGAGGUGCAGGAGAGGGAGAUCGAGGCGCACAUCACCACGCUGCUGCCCGGCGCCGCCCUCGCCCCCCCGCCGCCGCCGCUCAACGGCCUCGGCCAGCCCGGCCCGGCGCCGCAGGUGAAGGCCGAGGAGACGCUGUACGCCGCCGACCUGGACCAGCCGCUCGACUUCUCCGCCAAGGGGCGGGGCAGCCAGGCGCCGUCCCCCGCCAUCAAGACGGAGGGCGCCGCCCACGGCUUCGACGGCGCCGACCUGGACCAGCCCAUCGACCUGUCCAUCCCCAGCAAGCGGCAGCGCCGCGAGGCGGCCGGCGGCGGGGAGGCGGAGCCGAAGACGGAGCAGGGCGCCGUCGCCGAGCCGCAGCACACGCCGCCCGCCGAGGAGAAGAGCAGCCCGCCUCCCCCGCUGCCUCACCCCCCGCUGGGCUGCUACCAGCUGCCCCCCGCAUCCACCCCCCCCUCCGCCGCCCGAGCUCAGCGCCUCAAGCCGCUGCUGCCCAAACCCGCCCUGCCCACCUCCUCGCCGCCCGCCGCCAAGGACCUGGCGCCGCUGGCGUCCAUCGCUCAGAUCAUCAGCUCCGUCUCUGCGGCUCAGGGAAUGCUGGAGGGCCCCCCCCCGCCCGGACCCUCGUCCUCGCAGGCCGACCCGGCCGCCGAGGCCCCCGGCCCCUCCGCCGCCCUGGACACGGCGAGCGAGGAGGUGUCGGACAGGUCCUCCAGGAGACGGUCGAGGAAGAAGCCCGCAGCUCUGGCAGCCAAGGCGGCGGCCGGCGGCGGGAUCGACCUGGAGUCCAGCGGAGAGUUCGCCAGCGUGGAGAAGAUGCUCGCCACCACCGACACCAACAAGUUCAGCACCUACCUGCAGACCGGCGCCGCAGAGCUGACGGCGAAGAGAGAGACGGACCGAGGCGCCGCAGCAAGAGAGGAGAAGGAGCGCCGCUCGAGUGAGGAGGGGAGGCCGGCGGCCAUGACGGUUCCGCAGACCAAAGGGAAGAAGAACGCCUACUCCAACUCGGUGCAGAAGAUGACCUGCCCCUUCUGCCCGCGGGUUUUCCCCUGGAUGAGCUCGCUGCAGAGACACAUGCUCACACACACAGGCCAGAAGCCGUUCCCGUGUCCUCGCUGCGACGCCUUCUUCUCCACCAAGUCCAACUGUGAGCGCCACCUGCUGCGCAAACACGGCGUGACCCACAGGACGCUGCGACGCAACGGCGCCAUGGUGAAGAAGGAGGGAGACGACGGCUCGCAGGAGAGCGCCGAGAGCCAGUCAGAGACGGAGCAGCUGCCGCCAGACACCAGGGAGCCCGCCGGCGCCACACAGUCAGCCCCGGCGUCCACAGUUAAUAGCCCCGCCCCUCCUGAAGUCUCCCAGCUAAGCCCCGCCCCCAAAGCAAGCCAAGGUAGCAGUCCACCUGCAGAACAGCAGGAAACAGAAACCAGUGAGCAGGCCGACCAGCAGGGGGCGCCGGAGGCCAGAGCAGCAGCAGGAAAGCCGCCUGCGCCGGGCAGCAAGGCCGACAACACGGACGACGACGACUGCCACAGCAACAAGAGCCUCGACCUGAACUUUGGCAAGAAGCUCAUCGACUUCAAGCUGUCUGCCUCCUCCUCCGCCCCGCCACCAGAACAGCCCUCCUCCUCUCCCUCCGCCUCCUCCGCUCCCCAUGCGGCGCCAGAGACCCCCGAGGACCAGGAGAAGACCGCUCCCUCCGGCUCCUCGGCCGGCAGCCCCGCAGCGAGGCAGCAGGCCGACUACAAACACGUCUGUCGGGUUUGUGCCAAGACUUUCCGCUACGCAACGACUCUGGCGCGCCACGAGAGGGCGCAUCUCUCAGAGGAGGCGCAGGCGCCGACGGAGGAGGCACCUUCGCCCGCGAAGGAGGAGGAGACGACGGAGUGCAACGCCGCGGAGCAGGAGGGGGAGGAGAUGGAGGAGGACGAAGGAGGAGAGCGAGGAGGGGAGAGCGACCUGGGGGAGAGCGGCGAGUCGGAGGAAGAGGAGAAGGAGAAGGAGGAGAGGAGCGACGAAGAGGCAUCAGAACCAAAGAACGAGGAGGGAGGCGAGGCGGCGAGAGGACGCGUGGACAAGAGGAAGAAGAUCUGCACCGAGUGCGGGAAGAGGUUCUGGUCCCUGCAGGACCUGACCAGACACAUGAGGUCCCACACAGGGGAGCGGCCCUACAAGUGUCAGACCUGUGAGAGGACCUUCACCCUGAAGCACAGCCUGGUGCGCCACCAGAGGAUCCACCUGAGGCCCCGCGGCGCCGACGGCUCCUCCGGCGCCAACGACGACGCCAGCGAGGACGGAGACUCCUGCGCCCCGACCCCCACCUCCACCUGCCCGCCCUCCGAGAACGAGAGCGAGUGCGGGAGCGGCGCCGCGGGAGCCAAGGAGCUGGAGGAGGAGGACCUGAAGGAGGAGGGCCAGAGGGAGGAUUCAGCCUCGCUGGAGGAGGAGGAGGAGGAGGAGGAGGAGGAAGAGGAGGAUCGAGCUGAUUCAUCUCCAGAAGAAGCAGACGCCUCUGCAGAGCCGCAUCCUCCCCAAGCUACUGAAUCAAAGACGACGACCAGCACCGACUCCCCCGCUCCACCAGACGGCGCCAAAGAUCCCUCCACCUCCCCACCAGGGGGCGCCGCCCCUGCAGAAGGCUUUAUCCAGGGGCUGCUGGAGAUCCACACCAAGCCCCCGCUGGAGCACAUCCUCCCCAACGGGGAGCCUCCCAUGGUGGGGGCAGACUGAAGGGAGCCCCCCCCCCCAUCACCGCAGUGCCAUACGACGGAAGGACGCUACGCCUGGAUGACGAUGCAAACCAGCUCAGAAAAUGUUCUCCUGACGGACAGAGACCUCGUUUUCUUGAAGUGCCUUACUACUAGUCCGACUUCUAAAAGAUGAUUUUUUUUUUUUUUUUUGCUAUAUCUUUAUCUGCAUUAUUACGGAAGAUGGAUCUAAAUUUUUUUAUAGCUUUUUAUGAUGACAAUGAUUACUAUUUUUGUGCGGGGAAUCUAUAUUUCAGCAAUAAAAAGAUGAAAUGAUUACGAUUUAUUGUUCUAGAUUUUUGUUUUGAGAAUCGAUGAUCAACGUAGGAGACGGACGGAGCGUCGGCCCACGGUCUCCUGUAUUUAAACGAGAGCGGGCCUUUAGCAGAACUGGACCACUUCACCUUUAGGACGGGACGCUGUGGCUUUAGGCUCAAACCGCUCCGAGGACAGACUCUUCUUCUUCUUUGGCUCCGGCGCCGGUUUGAGCCUCCAUUUUUGAUGUUUGUAAGCGAACAGUGAGCGCGGUGGAAGACGUGGCGUCCGGCUGUUUCUGCUGGCGUCUCUUCCUGGGACUGAGGACAGCUUUGGUAACUGGAAAACGCAGAAGGGUCGCUGCUGGCCUCCCAUCUCUCUCUGCGGGGCAUGAACGCCUUCAUGAAGCCGUCAGAGUCGCACUUCUGUGUGGAUGCGUGUGUGGGGGUGUUUGUCAUUGUUCCUUUUUUAAAUCCAUCACACUAUUGAUCCCUCAGCAGCCACCGCCGCGUGUUUAUUUCCCCUCCUUCUGAUUUUCAGUUGAUUCCAUGUUUAUUCAGAGGGUUGGACCGCGGCGCCCGGCGGUCUCACUUUCUGCGUGUUUGCGAUGAUAUUUAGGUGUGGGGAGGGGAGCUCUUGUUUUGUGGAUUUUCCUAUUUUAACUGAACAAAUCAAAUGUUUUUUUUUUUUGUUUUGAGUGUGAAUGUGAGCAUGUCUCUGGCCUGUCUCUCAUCGCCGCCCCCUAGUGUUUGUUUUAGGGCUACUCACAGGGCCUCCGGCAUGCUAACACGUAGCAGCACUAACACCUGUUCCAGGUUCAGUUUACCUCAACUUUCGCUUUUUAACUGAAACUGCUAAAGCAGCUCUGGAUGUAGCCCUUAAAAUCCGACGUCUUCCUUCCGGCUCGCCCGGUUAAACCGGCGCCAGCUGGGUUUCCACCCCGGGCCAAGCUAACGCGCGCUAACUCAUCGGUGUAGCCAGGGGUGGUGUUACUGCAGCUAAGGACAGCGCAGAUGUACAAGUUGUGCAACAUUUUAGAGCUAAUUCACUGCCUGUCACCCUAGAAGUGGUUUAUGCUCACUGUCUUAGAAAGGGGAUAACACUAGGUAGGCGUAGCAAUUAGCAGAUGGUUGCAUCCGCUGACCAGACAAUCAGUCCAGCUCUAGCUACGCGCUAGGUAAUAAAUCUGAUCACUGGCUCAGUUAAACACAUGCAUUUACUCCCCUUACAGUAUUAUAUGUCAGUCUGUCUUGAGUUAUUCUUGAACCACUCUGCAAUUUGUCCAAGUUUUAUCUCCUUUCUAAAGGGUCCCUGUAGAGUUUUCAUCUCCUUGUUGUUCCACUCUGUCGUUGUUUUCUUUGGGAACGUCUGAACUUAACAGUUAAACUUGACCUAAAGCUUGAGGUCUUCAGCUGAGCAUUAGAGACAAUCAAUUUUAGUUUUCUGAAAGAAAAUGGUUUCCAGAGUGUAAGAGAUAGAUGGAAGGAUAAAUUAUUAAUUAUAAUAAUACAGGUUGGUGUGAACUAUUUUGUGUCCUAAACCUGCUGCACAUGUUUAUAAAAAAAAAAAAAAAUCAAGUUAAAGGGCUAAAUGUUGAUCAGCACCAGCCUUACCAGAUGGAUCUUUACCAGGGAGAACUGGGCCAGAGGGACGGGUAGCCUGUGUGUGUCUCUUUUCCUGCUUGUGCGAUGUAGAAAACUUUGCUUCCUGUAUAUUUUUCUUUUUUAAUAUUAGACGACCUCAUAAGCAAAUCAAACCUCAGUGGCUUAUAAUGGAACUGUAAGGCGGCGAUGGCCGGUCAUGUAGCGGGUUCAUUCAAAACUAAUCAAGAGUUAAUAAAGAACCAGAACCGCUCCGAUUGGCUCAUCGCUGCCCUGAACUGGCACUAACAUUUUCCAAACCUACGACUACCGCCUCUUCUGUUAGAACUACUAACUACAGUCAAGAGAGAAAGGGUUGGUCUCUUUAGCAGCUUCUGACACAUACAACUAGACACUUUAUCAAUCAAAUAUAACAUUAAAAAACAUUAUUUAGUAAUGUCAAAUCAUUAACUAGACAUUUAAAGUAUAAAAAAGCUGUUUAGUUGUAGCUGUAUGUGAAUAACUGGGGAUUGUUCCAGCUGGUUAGCAAUAAGUAGCGAGCUAGCUGCUCUCAGCUUUUUGAGCUAAUUAGCUUGCUUGCUCUGUAUGUUAUCAUUCAAAAAUGUGAAAUAAAAACUAAAAUGAUUUGUUAGCUUUUUUUUUUUUGGUAAAUGUAACAUUUUAAAAUAAUUCUGUAUAUAGUUGCAGAGAAGCUAAUAAAACUAGUUCCUUUUGUUUUUUAAAGUCAAGAUGCUUCUUGGCUAACAAGCUAACAGCUAACUGUUUCUGUUAUGUACUUUUCUGUCAGGUUUCAUUUCAGUACAAUUCAGUCAAAAUGUAUAUUUAGUUAAUCAUCAGUGAUUGAAAUUUACCUUUUAGGGAUUCGGUUGGUUAAACAAAUAUUUUUGUUGAUGCUAAUGGUAUUCUUAAUUUCCUAAGUUGUUUUCUUGAUCUGCAAAAUUUGGCCUUUUUUUCUAAAUGAUCACAGAUUAACAAAAUUUACCCCAUUGAACCUUAUUUUCAUAAACUCAUAACUGCUCAGUUUUGCAGAGAGAUUUAAUAAAUGAUGUGACUUUUUUUAAGGUCAAUUUGCUACAUGGCUAAUAGGCUAACUCCAGUUCAUUAAUGUUCAGCAGUCAAAAUUUGACAAAACCUCUAUUUUUACUAGAGAUUAAACAAAUGUAUGGCCACAUUUCUGCAAAUUGUCUAUUUUGCACUAAGCUGUAAAAAAAGUUAGCCCUAAAAGUGGUGAUUUGAGCCUAACGUUAACCUUUAUAAAACAAAUUAAAAAAUAUAUAUAAAUUGUAAAUAUUUUCAUGAAUAUCUUAAUGUAGAAGUUUAAACUAUUAAGUAAUUUAUUUUGAAUGAUAAUUUAAGAAGCUAACAGGCUAGCUUUCCUGUCCUACGUCAGCUUCAUUUUAAGCCCGGUCCCUUUAGUCCAGCAGUCCUUUCUGCUCUGAGACUCGGACCAGUUAGCCGUAACGCCGUCAAAGCGAGGCUAACGUCUGCGGCCUUCACACAUGGAUUAUGUUUCGUUGUAGCGGUCAGUGAAGGAGCGCUCCCUUUCUCUCUUGAACUGGUUUCUGUCUCGUUGGCUCUCUGUUUCCACCCUCUCCUUGGGGAAUUUGUGCUAACGUCUAUCCUGUCUGCGUGUGCGGCCAUAUGAAUACUGGACUUCCAUUCGAAUGCACAUGGACUGUUUUUAAUGUAUUUAUUUGGAGCCCAGGCGUGUUUCUGUGUGGGUGUGAGUUAAGUGUCUGCAAUGACUUGAGAAGAAGCCAUGUAUUAAAAAAUGUCACAUUUAUGCUGCAGAACUGUUGCGAGGAACUGGUGAUUUCUUUUUUUUUUUUUAUUAUUAUUAUUAUGGACCGACCGGCUUGCUCCAGGGCCCAGCGGGCCCACGUGAGACUCGGACUAGCAAUAAGAAUCCUUCUGAAUCCAAAAGCUUUAUGUAGAUUUUCCUGUAUGUGAGUCGAGAACAGUCUGUCUGGGUCUAUUGGUUCUGUUUAUUUUUAGUUUUCUUCUAUGACAUAAAUGCAUAUAAAACUGUGAAAAUCUAUUGUGAUUAAUUAAAGGGUGAGUUUUAGAUUAGGUUUUUUUGCAUGUUAAUCUAAUUUGUUCAGUUAUGGAUGAUUUCUCCUUUCUCCGUCACUUCUUGUGCUACACACGCAAAUAUAAAUAUCAAAAAUAUGUAUAAUCUCGCUCUCAGGGUCUUUCACAAAUCCAUUAUUUGAACUGCUUCAUGUUGUUUUCCUCCUGAGUCGCAGCUUGUCCAGAUUACAUUCUUUCUUUUUUUUUUUACAGAUGACAUCAUGAUUCAGAUCUGUCAAUCACUACAUUUAGCACUUGACUGUGAACUCGUCGUUACCAGACACAGAAAAUAUGGUUAGAUUUUUCAACUCUCAGUCAGACAUUUGAUUUGAAGCCUUUUCUGUUUUAGUUAAAAGCUCAUAUUUAAUGAGUGUUUAUUUGUGUACUGGACCUCAAUCACAAAGCAUUAAAAGACAGUCAUCUGGAUCACUUUCUGUCCCCUGCUGUUAGCAAACAUUGACAGUGUUUCACAGAGUCAAGAGAUGUACACCUCCUCUGUAUUCAACCCAAUAAGAAAAAGCAAUAAAGAUUAUGUAAAGGAACGGUGUGUGAAUCAA